AUGUUUUUACUGUUUUGCUGCUGCUGUUGUUCGUUCGUUUCCAGAAACAAGCCAUUGUGUCCGCGCUGGUUCUUUCUUGCGGGUGGGACCCACACCCUUUCGGGCGCCUUCGCUCGUGUUCACAAUACAGCUGUCCUCUAUGGCCCUUUGAGAUAUGUGCCACCAGCAAGACUGGAGAGGAAAAGAAGAGAUUACAGACACAGAGAAUGUCAGACAACAAAGAAAGGAAGAGUCAAGGAGUUUCUAAAGAAGAAUGAACUUCAUGAGCUUGAAAAACAAAUAGCAACUAUCUCUACAGAAACUAAAGAAACAGAAAGACAAAUUUAUCAACAAGAUGCUGCCAUAGAGAAUACCAAACUUCAUUGUGAUAGCCUGGAAACUCAAAUCAAAUCCUUACAUUCAGAAAAUGUAAAGCUUAAAUUUGACAUAGAAACAGCCCAAGAAGAUUUUGAGGAACACAUGAUAAAAUAUAAUGCAUAUUAUGCAAAAAUAAAAACACAUAAAAAUAGUUUGGGAGAGGUAGAAAGCAAAUGGCCAUUUAUGACUGAACUCUAUGAAAAACGAAAUUUUGUUAAAAAAUUAAAGACAAUGAAAGAAGAACUUAUGCAAGAUCUUCAAAAUCCAGGAGGGAACCGAAUAACACAAGUACAGGAAGAUAUUACAAAGUUAAAGGAUAAAAUUAUAACUAUAAAAGAAUCUAUCAUUGUAAAAACUUGUUUUCUUGAAGAAGAAAAAAAGACACAUGAAAAAUUAAGAAAAGAAAUAGAGGUACAACAUAAGAGAUAUGAUGCAAUUCUUAAGCGUUUGCAUUGUCAGGUGAACAAGCUUCAGUCAAAUAGACGACAGUGGCAAUGGAACAUUCAACAACUGGAAAAAACUGCAGCUGAAUUAAGAAAAUGUAUUGGAACACAGGAACAAUAUUGCCAUAGGGCAGUAUGGAACACAGACGAUGACAACAAAAAUUAUGGGACAGAACAUUGAGAAAAUCUUUUGGAUUCCUAAUAACAAGCAUCCACUAUCAGUGGCCUGUCUUAAUGACAGAUGUCUUUGGUUGUUGUUGUUAUUGUCUUUUAAAUCAGUCAUCCAUUUGUUAAAAUGCCUUCUAACCCUACACUUGAUAGCAGUUGACAGACAAUAGGAAUGCCUAGAGGAGAAUAGUGCAAGAGUGUCUAUGACUAUUUUGAGUGUGUAAAAUGUAAAAAUGUAAAAAUACUCAUGAAUAUCUGUUUAUAACUAUGUUGCAUUCACUACCCUAUGAAGUAAAAAUUUAGAAGGGAAAAAA